AUGAAGCCCGUUGUUUUACUCACUUUGGUUGUUAUAACACUUGCGCAGCACAAUGAUACAGUACUGGAUGAGAUCGAGCAGCGUCGGAAAGUGAUGUUGGAACCAUUGGUAAGGAUUCUUAUUUGUUUUGGCUUUUGUUUUUAGGUUCUACAAAGUGAGACAACGGAAAAAUAGAAGAAAUUAGAUUUGACGUCUAGUACAAUAUAGAAAAGUUGAUUUUUGUUCGAAAAUGGAUUUCUCUUUGUACGAAAACGUUCUUAGAAGUUGCUUUGUUGUUUUUGGCAACUUUUUAACGCAUUUUCAUAUCUUUUUAUUGCCUUGUUUUGAUUAUCUUCUUCAUCCUUCAGCUGAAGAAUGAAAAAAUAGCCCGCUACAAUCAAAUAUGCUCAAUGACUAACUGGGCGUGUGAGAAGAAAUGUCGUCUACAAUACGGACAACCUACUGGGCAAUGUUCUCGUCCCCGAUUUGACCGUUGUUUUGAGCAACAGGUGCAUUAUAAUUACACCAAGGACCAUUCAAAGCCCUUCCCUCACGAGCUCGCUGUCCUCCGUUCUUUUCCAAAAUGUUGGGCUCAUCUCAGCCAGUUAGUUUGUGGUACCUAUUUCCGACCUUGCGGCACUUAUCGGUUCUUCGAAGCCGGAUUAUCAGUGAGUUUUUCGGCUAUAUUAUUUUAGAUGGGUCGAUGAUGUAUAAUAUUGAAAAUUCUCCAAGUUAAACGUAUUUUUUUCUUUCAGAACUUUCGAAUGGAGGUGUGGCAGAUAUAUCCGCUUCAUUUGUGCUCCCGGGCCGUUCAAAGUUGCGCAUUUUUGGCGGAGCAUGGGAUAAAUCUUGACUUAUUGGGGUGUCAAGAUCUGGAGAAUGAAAUUCAAGCCGAGCGCAAAUUGUUCGACACCACCGGACAAUGUAAGCUCAGAUUCAGUGGGAUCAACUAUUAUGGCGAGAGUGCUUGUCUCUCUCCACUUGUUCGAGUCCAUUCUGACUUUUCUCCACAGUACGCGAAGCCUUUGAUCGAUGAAUGUUACGUCCCUUGCAUGUAAGAUUUUUUCCGUUUUUUCUUUGACUUUUAGGUUGAAUGCAGUCUGAAAUUCGUAUUUUAGCUCAAGUUUCGUCGAAGAUCCAAAGGUUUUGAACACUUUUCGAUCCAUCUUGUUAUCCAUCACUGUUUUGUUGGCCUUUGUUUUUUGCGGCGCCUUGGUGAGUUUUUACGACGAUUUUUUUGGUGGACCACAUGUUUUAUGACAUUAGCUAGGUCUGUAGAAAAUUUUUUUAUUAUUGGAUUUAAACUUUUUCAAUAAAAAAAAAUUUUUUGAUUUUAAUUUUUUUAAUUUUUUUUUGAUUUUGCAAUUUCAGGUGAUAACACUCACCAAAAACUCCGCUCCAAAGUUUGUUCGAUACCUAAACCUGAGUAUUUUCACAUUUUCGGCACUCUUUUUUGGAAUGUGGACAUUCGCCUUGGUGACCCAUACUACCAUCGAAAAUAGUGCUGCUUGCGAAAAAGCAGGUCCCGAAUACAUCCGGAAAGAACUUCCAAAGUAAGUUAACAGCUUAUGACAAAAUUCAGAAGCUUUUUUCCCCAACAGCUAACCAUAUUUUUCCAAAAAAAUCAAAUUUUUCGAAAAUUUUCCCGAUUUUUGAUGACUUUGCAAAUUUUACUAUAUUUAUUAUUAAUUUUUAUGUUUUCAGAGGUGAACUAGACUCUUGUUUGAUUCAAUCAGCCAUUCUGCAGUUCCUCAACGUGGCCUCGGUGAUCUUCCUGGCCAUCCGAUUGGUCUCCAUCAUCUCCCCGAGUCAAACAAUCGACCCAAAAACAGAGAUCUGCCGAAACGGGCUGAGCCUUCAAUCCAUGGUAUUUGUAACUGUCAUGGCACUCAGUGCACUAUGCGCGGUCCUUGGAUUGUGGUGGAGACCAGUAAGUUCGGAAAUUUUGAAGUUUUUGAUAUUAUACUAGGUGCUGAUGAAAAAAUUGAAUUUUGUUUUCGAAUUGGAAGUGGAUGCUAAUUUAAUUUGCUCGAUUAGACUGGAAAUAGUCUUAGGCAGCUUUAAUAAUUGAAGUUUGUUGGUAUUUUGAUAUUGGUUUUGAUAAAAUUUCAAAAAAUUAUAUUGUAGUAGACAAGAAUUUUAAUUUUUUGAAGUUUUUUGAGUAAAUGUUGUCAAUUACAGGAGGAAUUUUUUCAGACAAUCAGUGACGGCCUGACGGGCGUUUGCCAUAUCCCACUUGGCCCAUUAAAACAAUCCGCGGCAUAUUAUGUUCCACUUGGUUUGGUCAUGUUGGCUCAAAUUGUUUUCUUAGGUUUUUAUCUCAAAAAUGCGGAAUCUCAAGCUCCGAGGACUCUGAAGUUUGGAUUAUUCCUAAUCUCAUUCAAUGUGACCAUAUUUGCGAUCACGAUUCUCAUCCAUGUUUUCUUGGCGUUCGAUUCUUUCACUGAAGUUGAGGUCCUCAAGGAUAAAAUAAGGUAAUUUUUUAAAUUUUUUCUUUUGAGUUUUAGAGUUUUGAAAUAAAAAUGGCUUAAUUAUUGCAGCUGCGUGUUGGAUAUCACAAGAAAUUUGGCCGGCCCCAGCUUUGAAUGGGAGAAAGAGUAGGUUAAAAUGCUAAUGCGAAGACUUAAGUUUUUGAUAAAAGUCAUUUUUAAUUGCAAUUUUUUAGAAUCCAGAAAUGCAAUACACGCCUAGCCACACCGUUUGAUCUUUGUUUGACCUUAUCUUAUGCACUUCUUUUACCAGCACUGCCGUUUAUAUUAUACAUGGCGGUCUCACUAAUUUUCCUGAGAAAGUACGACGAGGAAAUGGCAAGGUAAGUAGGGAAGGGAGUGAUAGAGAUUAUAGGGCUUGGCUGAGAGCUUGAUUUUGGAGCAGUAAAAAAUAUGAAGUUAUUAGUUGAGGUCAAGUACAACAAGAUUUGCUUGUAACUAUUGGUUGAGAUAUUCCUCAGAGAUGAUUUUAAGUUUAAAUGAGAGAUUAUGAAAUGAAUUUUAUUUGUAGCAACGAGUUUGUUCGAAUUUUUGCGCUGCAAAAAAUUUACGACCUUAUUCUAGAGCUGAAGCCGCCAAAAUUGAAGCAAGUGAGCCGCUACUCUGCGAAUCGAACCGAGAAGAACCAGCAAGCGUAACUGAGGAUCUCACAAAGGCAGAGAGACCCCCCAGACCUGUUCAUCGAUCCCAUUUUCGAUACCGUAGCCGCCUAUACAGCCUCCGAUCCAAGCGCUCCCGAUUCGCGGACUCGGCCCCCUCCAGAAGCCUCCAUUCCAUUCAAUCGGCCCAACUCACCCGUUAUCCCUCCACUCAUGCCACGAAGGACAGUAUGGCCUAUCAACACCCCCUAUAUUUCCCGACACCCGCAUCAACAAUCACCGCUUUUUACGAAGCCACCUCUCAAUACACAUAUUUGAUGCCCCCAAGUCGAGCAGAAGACUUUAGAGAACUGGACCUUUCCGAUCUGGGCCGUAGCGUCGCUUACUUUGACCUCCUCCAACGACAGGCGAAUCUGUGGUGCAUGCAAAACUUGAAUCAACAAAUUCCCCAGCAUGUACAAGGUCUUGUUCAAGGUCAUGGAGAAGCUGAUUUAGCCCAAGAAAUAAAGCCGAAUGAAUUGCAAACAGAACAAAUACAACAGUCAGGAAAUAUGAGACAAAAUGAAGCAGAAAGAGACGCGAAUUUCCCCCCUCAACAGCAGCUUCAUCAGAUGGGUCAUGGAGAAGAUAAUUUGUAUCAAAAUCCCCCGAAAAAUCCGGAAAUUGCGGAUGAAAAUGGAAGAACGAAGCAAGAGGAAAAUGUUGAACUAAAGACUUUGAUCAAAAACCCCUCAGGCAAAGAGAAGGAACAGGAUUUUUGUGAUGGAGAAGGUGAAAAAACCCCGAAAGUCCCGACCUCCCUGGCGGCGUACAGGUUCGACCCGGCAAUUGAUCAAAAUCGAAGCCAGAUUCUCGCGUUUUUGACCACGUAUCUAAGGGAAUGCCCGCAGAUCACGAAGAAGAUGGAAUUUACCCAACGAACUUUGAGGGCGAUGCAGCAAUUACUCGAAAAGGAUGAGGUUUUCUCAACUGUAAGUGGUGUUUAAUGAAGUUUGAGAUUACUUUUGAGCAUUUGGAAAUAGAAUAACGUCAAUUUUCUGAAAUUUUUUGUCAUAGAUAAUAUAAUUUUUUCGAAUUUUUCAAAAUUUUUGUCUAGUAUAAUAUACCUCCUUUCAGAUGUGCCAUAAUUAUCGCAUUGCGAACGGCCUGAACCCCGGAAGCGACACUCUAGGCGAAUCGAUUUUGUCGAUUAACCAAAUUCUCAAUAUGACGUCAUUAAUUACGGAUGAAUCCAUCCAAAUUCGACUGGGAAAGAUCACUGGAAUGGCGAUGAAACGGGUCACAGUGGAGAUGCUGGGCCCUGGUGGCCUCAGAAGGCUUCCAGAACCUCCGAAAAUGAAGAUCCCGACCUUUGGAUUGACCGCUCCGAGCGGUGUAAGCCUUGAUGUGGAGCCGGUGGAAGCGGCCAGACAACAAGAAUGGAGAGAUUUCCAGGCCAGACUAGCGGCAAAUCAAGGAAGAGAACAGUUUGGAACGUCGUCAGGAUCGAGCAGAGGAAAUGAGGGGAGUUCGAGCAGGAAAAGUAAUGAAAGUGAAGAAAAGAGUGGAGAAAAUGGAACAGAAGCCUCGGGAAGUCCUCGGAAAUCGUCGGAGAAAGGAUCUGAGAAGAAUUCGGAUAGUUUUAACUCUACCGGAAGCCCCUCAGCCCAUGAAAAUCAACCUGGACCGUCGACGGAACGACCAAAGUCUUCUGGAGCGCAGAAAACCCGGAAAUUGGAGAAAAUGAAGCCGAAAAAGGAAGAAAAUGAAGUGAAGAGACAGAUAGAAGAAGAUGAGAAGAAGGCUGCUCAAAGAAAUCAACCUGAAAAUUUGACUGAAGUAAAAGUUGUCGGCAAAAAAACAAGGGAAAGAAAAAGGCCCAAAAAAGGAAAACAAACCGCUCAAUCUUCGAGAAAUUUGAAUCACAGCAAUGUGACUUCACCAUCUCGCCCUGCCACAUCAGUCUCGGUGGUUUCUUCAACCUCACCCACAGCUAUGCACAGCACACCAAACACCUCUCAGUUCCCUGAUUUUCGUCAACAGAUGAGAAGCCAAGCCUCGCGAACCCCCCAGGGCAUGGAAAACAGAUCCAACGAAGCCGCCAACCGAUUCCUCAACGAUCUCACCAGCCAGCAUGCCAGUGAUAAUGAAAGCAACGGGUUGUAG